ACACUGGAGCUGGAAGCGAAGCGCUGCGGGAGGCAAAACGUUCGAGUCGAGCCCAUCAGAGCCACGCAUCCUUAGCACUGAGAAGAAGCCGGUGCUGGAGGAGGAGGAGGAGGAGGGUGGACUCACCUGCACCAAUCCAGUUGGGAAGUUUAAAAAUAAAAGAUAAACAACAUGCGCUGAAAGGAGAGCUGUCACGAACUCUGUGCUUUAUAAACCAGAGAUACAGCCGAGGGAAAAGAAGGUGGGAAAAAAUCCGCCUCCGACAAGUUUUUAUCUAUUUUUUUUUUAAGCGGAGAUCCUGGUGGAGAUGAAUACCAACGAUGCCAAGGAGUAUUUGGCACGGAGGGAGAUACCUCAGCUGUUUGAGAGUCUCCUGACAGGUUUGAUGUAUUACCGGCCCGAUGACCCUAUCGAAUACCUGGAAGGCUGUCUAAAGAAAGUCAGGGAGCUUGGUGGCACUGAUAAAGUGAGGUGGGAUACUUUUGUGGGCCAGGAGAGGAAGUCCCUUCCUCCACUCAAUGGGGGACAGUCACGGAGGUCCCUCUUCAGAAAUGUGUUGCCUGACAGCCCCAACUUCCCCUACAGACGGUAUGACCGCCUCCCUCCCAUCAGCCAAUUCUCCAUUGAGAGCGACUCGGACCUGUCAGAGACGGCCGAGCUCAUAGAGGAGUAUGAGGUGUUCGACCCUUCCAGGCCGCGACCCAAAGUCAUCCUCGUCAUUGGUGGCCCUGGCAGUGGCAAAGGAACACAGAGCCUGAAAAUCGCAGAGCGCUACGGCUUCCAGUACAUGUCUGUGGGCGAACUGCUGAGGAAGAAGAUGAUCCAUAACGCCACAAGCAACAGAAAGUGGAGCCUGAUCGCCAAAAUCAUCACCAACGGAGAGCUGGCACCGCAGGAAACCACAAUAACUGAGAUAAAACAGAAGAUUAUGAAGAUCCCAGAGGCCAACGGUAUCGUCAUAGAUGGCUUCCCUCGAGAUGUUGGACAAGCUCUGUCCUUUGAAGACCAGAUCUGUACUCCAGACCUUGUCGUUUUCCUGGCCUGCACCAACAGCCGUCUGAAGGAGAGGCUGCAGAAGAGAGCUGAGCAACAGGGAAGACCCGAUGAUAAUCCAAAGGCCAUCGACCGUCGCCUGACCAACUUCAAACAGAACACGAUUCCUCUGGUCAAGUACUUCCAGGAGAGGGGCCUGAUUGUUACACUGGAUGCUGAUCGAGAUGAAGAGGAGGUUUUCUGUGACAUCAGCAUGACUCUGGAUAACAAGCUGUUUCCCUCCAAAGAGCCCGCCGCUGGUCCAAGUGAGCUGGAUCUCAGUCUGCUGGGGGAAACAGGCAGCCUGGCAGAGGUAGCCUACAAGGACAAUGAGGCUGAUGAGGAGGACAAUAUUGGGUAUGCUGAAGGAGCCACAGAAGGUUACUGCAAAGAACAGAAGAAACCAAAGGUUAUCUUCAUGAUGGGUUCGUAAUCUAAAACACUUUUAUAUCCAAAGUAUCGCACAGCUUCCCU